AUGGCAGCCACACCUACAGCUGCGGAAAGCUCCAGCGAAGCUCUCCAGCAGAAGCUCCAAGAGCUUGGAUACCUUAACCCACCAAAGAUCUCAGGCGAAGACUGCGAGUAUACAGUCAAUAGUCAUGUUCCGAACAGAAAGCCCUUUCGAGGACAUUGGCUAGAAGCUGCUGAACACGAAGAGACAGCUCGCUUCGUGGAACUGUUCAGUAUCCAUGACGAUAAGCUACCAACUGAAGAGGUUCUGGUGACAGUGAAAACUAAACAAGGAGACGUCGACUUGAAUUUCAGUAACAUCAUUGCGAUUGCUGGAGACUUCUAUACGAACAAAGAAAGCUCCGGGGCGUACUUUCCCAUCUCAAACGCUGAGGGCUUUGAGGCUUCGAAAGAUCUGAAAUCGUCCAAAGGGCCUCUUGCCCGCUUCGAGUCGGCGGUCCAGAGCAUGCUGUGCGACACAGACGGUUACUUGAAGGGAGUCAGAGAUCUCAUUACCUCCGAGCACCAUGCGCUCAAUGCCGCCACGAAAGCUGGAGACAACACAGCGACAGCAUAUCAUGAGCACAUACCUUACAGCCACGACCAAGGACAUUGCCAUAUCCCAACCGACGAUGAAUAUACGAAAAUGACAGAAACAGGCCUCCCCAUAAUUUCAUCGAUGUAUGCCUGGAUCGCUUACACAAACAUAGACCACUUUGGUGAUUACGCGGUCAUGGCAUACUGUGUCGGUCAUACCAGCGCCCUCCAGAUAGCACGAAAGGCACGCGACGAGCCUACAGAUGAAGCAAAGAUGAAAAUGCUUCGCAUGGCUUACGUUCACGAGGCCUUCGCAGCCCAUUUCCUCACAGACCUUUUCAGCUCAGGGCAUCUCCGGGCUCCUCGGCGGGCCUUCCACAACCCAAAUUAUUGGUCCAUGGGGAUAUCCGGCGAUAAGCAAUUCAUGGAGCCACAAGCCUCGGUGAACCGCGCUCGAUGCAUGUAUUGCUUGAAAGAGUCAACUGCCGAGGUGUUUCGUGUCGGAUACAAAGGCGAUAGACAGAUUGAGGAUUGGGAAAAGAACAAAAGCUGGUUCAGGGCCAUGCAACUCAUGCCCCAGCCAAUGACCGCUAUAGAACCCCAGGACUGGAAGAACAGCGGAUGGGGCGGAUACGACAAGCACAAUCCUGCCCCACUGUGGAUAGCUUCGCACGAUAACGUCACCGAAAGCCAAUGCACGGUUCGUAAGGACCUAAACGACCAUUCCAACCACGGUGCUCGACGAACUCAAUCGCCAGGCGAUGCCAGCCAUGGCAACACCAUCAAGGCUGCUGACUUUGUGGUGAAUGGCCAAUUCCCGAUGCAAAUCUCAAUUGACGGGUUGCUAUCCGGCGGCUUCAUUCAGAUCCAAGAUCUCGACGGCAGCGCCAGUGAGGGCUGCUGCAUCAACUUUUGGGCCCCUGCUGAAGUCAAGUUUGCGGAAAAGACCCAAUCGACAUUCACCAUUCGCAACAGACUCAUCGAUCAGGACAUCGCGCCGAGCAGAGAAGUUAUGCAUUGGAUGCGAUCCGGCGGGAGGACUGGCAUCAUCGGAUUCACCUACGCAGUGAUGGCCGAUAGGAGCUGGAAUAUCGAGAUGACACGGACGGAGUAUUCAUCGGAACUAGGUCCCAAUGGAUUCUCCGAUGGCACCUGUGCUACCUUCUCACCAAAGCAUUCCUGGGAGGUGAGUACUUCAUGGACCAGACAGGCAACCAUUCUAAGCAGCGUCCCCGCGAACUUCAUGGUCAAUCUUACUCGCUUCAUUACCGGUCACUUCAUCGCUGGGAGAGAGAUUGUCGCCGUCUCACAAUCCGAGAAUCAAGUGAUAGUUGGAGUACUGGGCAAAAGCUUGGUGCAAACGACACUGUCUCUUCCCAAGGCGCCCUACGGCUUCGUCAAGUCAUUUCAAGGUGCCGGUACCUCCAAACUGAGCAUCUUGCUCGCGCGUGCCGGGCCUAAGGAGGACAGUGAGUGGGUGAAUCUAGCAAAGAUUGACUUUGACGAUGCCGGAAACGCCAACCUCGUGACUGCAGACUUCGACCUUGAGCUCGAAGCGGAACAGGAUGCAUCAGUGCUCGUAGGCGAUGUGAUGGGCUGGGGCUACGAUCAAGCCGUGGCUGUGAAGCCCACAUCCGAUGAAGGGACCACAGUAGCCAUUUACGGUCAGCAAAGUGGAAGCCCUGACAUGGUAUGCGUGGGGCUGCAUCAAUGCGACACGAAUCUAGACACUGCCAUCGUGAGCCCUCUGCUAACCGCGCUCGUCCCGUCUCUUUCCUCGUCACCCAAGCCGACGGGCCAGGACCUCAUCCAGAUCUCGCGCCGUAAGGACAAAAAGCGGCAUUACAUCGCUUUCCAUACGCAUGUAGCCAGCGGGGACCAAAGUGACCCUCUUUGCAAUUGCGCCGUAUCUGAGGUCGAAGACCCACUGGCGUCGCGCAGCGCGGAACACUUUUUCAGCAUCAAAUGGAUGCCAGUACGAGUGCUCGAACAAGCCCGUGCGGUGCUCGAGGUCUUCAGCUGGUACGGCGUGCUGGGAGUGCGUGUCUUCGCUUGCUCCCACACCGAAGAUGGAAGCAUCGACGAGUGGACAUUGCACGGCCAGUUUCCGCAUCUAGGUCAGACAUCCAUAGGCGCUGGGCUGGGGUGCUAUGGUGAUUGGGGCCAUGGAUUUGUGACCUGGGCGGAGGAGAAUGAGUGGACCGACGCCAACACAUUCAAGCCAGUGGAAAAGGACGACUUGAACUUAGGAUCGUGGGGUAUGGUGUGGGAAGAUUGUGAUAGACAAAGUGUACGCGGGUGGGAUGUAGAGAGCCGGCCGCUGCGGUAG